AUGUUUGAUGGGGCGACCACAAAGACAGCAAUAGUGCAUCGAGACGAACAUGGCUCUGCUUACGCCGAGCUGGCCGAGGAUUCUGACGAUGUCCAUGUGCAAGCGAACGAGCUGCUGGGUCAGCAAGAGCCGCAGUUGUUGAUAUCGGUCAGUCCAUCUUUUGGAGGUGCUCUGGACGAGCUGCGGAGUUUGGAUUACUGGCUGGACCAGACGGGCCCGACAUUGGCCAACUACGGGCCCAACUUCGGUUUCUGGUGCAGCUUGAUUCCCAUGUGGGCGUGGCGGUCGGACAUAAUUCGCAAUCUUCUAGCAGCAACGACGCUCAUCGACGAGCAGCUGGGUCUGUAUCGCACGGCAACAUCAUCAGAUCUCAGCCCCACGGCAAUCUGGCACUAUCAUGCUGCGAUCCAGGGCAUGGCGAUGGCGAAACAACCCGAUAAACUCUGUUUGACACUUGCGUCGAUGCUCGCCUGGGUGUUUGAAACGUUGCAAAAAAAUUACUCUGCUGCAAAGAUCCAUGUUCGGGCGGCGUCACGGCUGCUCUCGGAGCUCGAAGCGCCAUCGGACAAGAUGGAUAAGUCCACGUUGGAUCUGAUAACGCAGCUAAAUUCGGUGCUGCAACUGAGUGCAUCAUACACCAAGGCCAUUUGCGAAGACAACGUUGACCUCCUGAGAACUUUGACCAAGGGGCCCAUCGUCGCUCGUGCAGAAGACCUCACCAUCCCGCCUGUUGAAUCGCUGAUCCACGCGAGGGACCUCUUGUUGGACUCGAUUUCGAGGUAUAUUGCGUCUGACAAGACAGAGCACUCUGCUCGACUGCAGCGACUCUACAUCAAAUCUUGGCACAAGGCAAUGCGGAGGUAUUGCAGCUGCAGUACAAGAGAGUCCCAUGUAUACAAGAAGAGUGUGCAACUUUGCUUCAACCUUGGUAUGGCAUUUCUGCCCGAAAGUGAAGCCGGCACUUUCAGCUACCAGGCAACUCCGAAUGCCGUCAGGCACCUGCUAGAAGCAUAUGAACGAUUGGUGGUUGAGAAGCAAACGAGAGGGUCUGGGCCGGAGAACGACAGUAUUGACAAAACGAUCGUGAUGGCUUUGGAGUUGAUUCUUGAUCAGGUUCACCAUGUGCAUCUUCGUGCACGUGCUGCCUUGCUCCUACAGAAGCUGACUGCACACCAUGAGAAGGUGGGAAUCCAACAGGGUCGGCUAGAGAGUAAGUUUGAUUAG